GCCCAUGCUUCCUGCGGGCUGAGCUCCAGGGCUCCAUGCUGAGCUUGCUCUUCCAGGAUCCUGCCACCCAGGACUGGCGAGUCACACCGUCCAGUCCGAAGGAAUCCUGUCCUCUUGCUCCGAGAACUUCCCACGUUCGAGGCUCCCGGAGAACACAGGUCCAGAGCUGAGAGGCCACCCUUUGAGAGGAAGCUCUGAAGUUAACCAAGAUGUUUGUGAAAAUGGCAGCAGCCCUGCUCCUGGUGCAGUUGAGCAUCUUCUUUGGAUCUGGAACUGGAGGGAAGGUGCUGGUAUGGCCAAUGGAGUUCAGCCAUUGGCUCAACUUAAAGAUAAUCCUAAAUGAGCUUGUGAAGAAGGGUCAUGAAAUAAUGGUACUGAGACCUUCAGUGUUCUUUUCUUAUGAGAUUGAGAACACAUCUGCUAUUGAGUUUGAGACAUAUCCUGCAUCAUAUUCCAAGGCCGAUGUAGAGGAACUUUUCAUGGACUCCAUCUCUACAAGCAUUUACCAGCUCCCAAAGCAGUCACUUUGGGGAUAUUUUAUAAUGAUGCAAAAAGUUUUUCAAAUAAGUUCAAAAUAUUCUGAGAGUCUCUGCAGAGAUAUAGUUUUUAACAAGGAACUCAUGAGAAAGCUAAAGAAAUCUAGCUUUGAUGUCAUCCUGGCAGAUCCCUUGAUGCCCUGUGGUGACCUGCUGGCCGAGAUUCUCAAGACACCCCUUGUGUACAGUCUCCGUUUUUUUCCUGGCUCCACUUAUGAAAAGUACAGUGGAGGACUCCCACUGCCUCCUUCCUACGUGCCCGUCGUUCUGUCAGAAUUGAGCGAUAGAAUGACAUUCAAGGAGAGAGUGAGAAAUUUCAUCUAUAUGCUGUGUUUUGACUUUUGGUUCCAAACAUUUAAUGAGAAGGAGUGGAAUCAGCUUUACACCGAAGUAUUAGGAAAACCCACAACACUCUCAGAGACUAUGGCAAAGGCUGACAUAUGGCUCAUUAGGACCUACUGGGAUUUGGAAUUUCCUCACCCUGUCUUACCAAAUUUUGAUUUUGUUGGAGGACUCCACUGCAGACCUGCUAAGCCCCUGCCUAAGGAAAUAGAAGACUUCGUCCAGUCUUCUGGAGAACAUGGAGUUGUGGUGUUUUCCCUGGGGUCCAUGGUGGGUAAUCUAACAGAAGAAAGGGCCAAUGUGAUUGCAGCAGGCCUUGCCCAGAUUCCACAGAAGGUUCUUUGGAGAUUUGAAGGCAAGAAGCCAGAAACAUUGGGCUCCAACACUCGUCUGUACAAAUGGCUCCCACAGAAUGACCUUCUAGGUCACCCCAAAACCAGAGCUUUCAUAACUCAUGGUGGCACCAAUGGCAUCUAUGAGGCCAUCUACCACGGGGUUCCUGUAGUUGGCAUUCCUUUGUUUGGAGACCAAUUUGAUAACAUUGUUCACUUGAAAACCAAAGGAGCAGCCAUUAGACUGGACUUUCUCACAAUGACUAGUAUGGAUUUGCACACUGCACUGAAGACAGUCACUAAUGACCCUUCCUAUAAGGAGAAUGCCAUGCGGUUAUCAAGAAUCCACCACGAUCAGCCAGUGAAGCCCCUGAACCGAGCUGUCUUCUGGAUUGAGUUUGUCAUGCGUCACAAAGGAGCCAAGCACCUUCGUGUGGCAGCCCAUGACCUGAGCUGGGUCCAGUACCACUCUCUGGAUGUAAUAGGGUUCCUGCUGGCCUGUGUGGUGACUGUGAUAUUCAUCCUCAAAAAGUGUUUCCUCUUCUCUUGUCAGAAGUUGACUAAAGCUGGAAGGAAGAAGAAAAGGGAGUAGCUGAACUGGGCAGGAUUGACACAUGGGCCUCUCCAGUUAAUCACAUGAUGGUAGGGUCCUUCAUUCUGUGACAAGAUCAUUUUUCAAUAAGUACUUAUCAAGUCAGAAGAUAAUUUUUUCUCCCAUAGAAUUAAUAAUUCUUUUGUAAUUAGCAUUUCAGCCAAAGAUAAAAUUGAAGAUGAAGAAAACUAAAGUUAACACAGUCAACAAGAGUACACACAAAAAUUUUACAAAUUCAUUUGUGCAACAUAGAAGUUAAACCAAAGAAAGUUAUAGCUGAAGAGUUGGCUCCAUGGUCUAAUCAUUCAUCAGGCAAGACUUCCUCCUUGAUUUUAGAGGCCAGGAACGCAUAUGAAUGUUAUAUCCAGUAGUGUCUGGUAUUGCAGUGUAAGAAAACCAAGAGAUGUGAAAAAGAGCCAGGAGGAUUAUCUGAAGCUCUCAGAUCAACCAACCUGUUUUCCAGCAAGAAAUAUCUUGCCUCAGAAUGUGGAAGUGGGGGUGGUCUGACAUCCCUGUGUAUGCCAAGGCUGUGCCCCACUCACAAAAUAAGCACACGCAGGUAAAUAUACACAUAUGCAUGUGAUUUAAAGACACACACACACCCCAUUAUGCCACACAGGUGGAUAGACAGACCACCUGUAAGAAGCCUACAAUGAUUUCUGUAUGGUUUUGCAAGUAUUGAUCAAGCUUCAGCUUUAAUAAUUGCAGACUUUACAGGAUGAAUAUCUAGGUAACAUGUUCAGGAUUGGAGCUGUGUGAAACCUGCAACCCUAUGUUUGUCUUUAGACCAGUACUGUUGCAGACUCUCAUGUGUUACACUGAGACCCCAUCCUUAAAGGACCUACCAAGACUGGACUUGAGGCUGGGGAGAUGGCUCAGGAGUUACUAACUGACUCCUCUUCCACAUUCCAUUCCCACCACCAUAUGGUGAUGAUUCAGGACCAGCAGCAACUCAAGUGCUAUUAUGGGAUCUUACACCCUCUUCUGGCCUCUCUUGGCACUGCAGAGACACAUGCCAAGGAAACCCACAAACACAUAAAAUAAAGGAUUAAAGACAAGCUUUGGUUUCAUGAAAUGAAUUUUAUCCAUUCAACCCUUUACAAAGAAUAAUAAGAUUCUCUCAUUUUCAUAAUUAGCCCUUGGGAACAGAUGUAAGAUUUCAAUUUAUGUUCUGAUAACACAAAAUAAAGAUGUAAAAUAAGCUGUUCUCACACA